AUGACCCAACCUUCGACCCCUCCAGAGCUCACUCCCCAGUUCUGCUUCUCAACCGUCGCAUUAAGAGGUUGCCAUAUCCUUCCCUCGUGCACAUAUCAAAGCUUACCCUUCGCUCUAGACUUUUUGCGAAUAUCCAGGUCUUCAAUUGACGACAGCAUAACGCAAAACCUGAACGCGCUCAUCACGCCCGCAUCGAUAGGCUUUGACCCAUCAUCCACCUCAGUCCGCAGCCCGCGAGCCUCGGACCCUCGCCGCAUACCUGGUGAAUCCUGCCAGAACUUCAAGAAUCAGGUCUUAUUCCCGUCCUGGCAGAUGCGUUCUGAUGUUCUGAACUACUGCGCCUCUGUGGCUACGAGCCCAGACCCCGAAGACCCGGAGUUGGUGCUGAGGAAGGUGGAGGGUGAGCAGGAUCGUAAGAGGGUGGUGGAUGAGCGGCUGGAUCCGUAUAGCUCAAGGUCCUUCCCUACAGAGGGAAGAACGGAGAGGCUGGCGGCGCUUAUCAGACAGGAGAGGGGCGUGGAGAAUAUUGUAAGAGCGAGGAGUUGGGGCUUGGUGAGGGAGAGGUGUGGUGAGGAUUGGAGGGACUGGAAGGAAGCUUUGAGCGAGUGGCGGAAGAGCAAAGAGGACAGAUGA